CGAGCAUUAGAGACGGUGGUACCGUCUGGCCAUCGCCACAAGAUACAGAAUUUAUACCGAAUUUGACCUAAUUCAGUAUCGCUUCUAGUCGUACAAACUUAUUAAAGCUCUCCGCUAAUUACUCGGGAUUCAGGUUUAUUAUUUAUCGGGAGAGAACCGAAUUUCCAGUUUCAAUACAUCUAUAGUUACACAGAUUUUGGCAUCGUUAUUAUCGGAUCGCGAACGAAUGAUCAGAGUUGUUUUCAAAGGUGGAAAAAAUUGAACGAGUCAUAUGCACCGCGUAGAGCGCGGUGUCAUUGUCAAGGUUGAAAUAACUUCGCUUAUGUAUGUAUGCGAUAAAUUACGCAUGCCGCAAGUUCUUCGAAGGGGGGCUGGUCUACACGCCAACCCGUACCUGUCGAUUGAUCUGUACCUUUGACGUAUCAUUUUACGUUACAUUCAUAUUUUGUUUAAACGAAAACUCGACUGAAAUUACCUCCGUAGAAUCUUGAGUUUUCGUUACGGCGUUGCCGCUGUGAUACAACGCCUUCCGUUCAAACGUUGGGGUAGUUAGACAAAUGAUUAAUUGAACGAUCCAUUAUUAACAGAAUCAGUAAUAUCGAUCGCGAUGCUCUUCCAUAGCACUUUUGCGUCUUCUCCGCUAUUCGCUGUCGUAACAUGGGAUUGUUAUCACUGCAGUUUGAAGAACUCCGACCGUUGUACCCUGAAACGAAGCACAUGUCACGUCGAAUUACCCCUAUAACUAUAAUGCGGAUAAUUAGAACUGCGACAUUAAUCACAAACAGUUAACUCUGGUCUAUAUUAUGCAUGAAGAUACGAACUAGAUCCUAGAUCCACAAGAUCCUAGAUCGAUCCUUCGCGAUAGCGAAAUUCUUCCAACAAUAAGAUACGCUGUAAUUGGGUCAGCAUCUAACAGACGCCAUGAAUAAUGAAAAGCCCCGAAUACGCGACCUACUGGACGAAGUAGGUGCUGUACGUAGGGUUGAAUUUACGAAGGUUGAAUUCUAGACGAUAUUUUUACCUUCUACACGCUUUUUUUUCACUCGCAUGUUCGAGGUUAUUUCAGCUGGACGUUGGUCUCUGACUCGAGAAAUCAUCAGCCACGUGACGAAACUUCCGAGUGAUUUGAGUUGGAUUGAAAAAUAGGGAUGAAGAAUUCGGUACUCGCAGUUGAUUUAAAAUUUUUAUAGCUGCAGGAAUUCAAAUUCCACAUAUUUGAAUAACGUGGAGUCGAGAUUACAUCGAGGAUCGAGAUAUCGAAGGAUGACAACGGUCAUUUUUAAAAAAAAAACAGAAAAAAUCAUUGCAACGUUUUUUCUGCAAAUUUUUUCCAAGGCAGACCCGGCGACGUGUUGACGGAAACAAUUUUCAAUCGCUGGUGGAAAUAUAUAUUGUUGCAUUUGUUAGUAGUCCAGGUAACCCGUACUGUUUGAUAUCAAUCUGUUGUUUAGUUGAGUUUUGAAAGUGCCGCUAGACAGACGUGUCAAGACAUAUACCGUGCGUUUCAACUUUUGUGGAGUGCAAACGAGAAAGAAAAGAAAAGGAAAGGAGAAGACGAGCUUGCAGGAAAAAUAUUCCAGAUAAACUGCCGAACUUCAAAGUUUCAACGAUGUUCAGAGCAUGGAUGGCAAUCGGGUUGAUGGCGGCGAUCGCCGCCAACUGCGGACUCGCGUUUGUCGUAGACCGAUCAGCCGGUGCGUGGGAUGCGGUGCCCAAUUUGGACGCCGAACAUGCGUCGUCGGUGGACCGGGUGUUGAAUGGAAAAAUGCAGGUGACCGGAAUGGACAAGGUGUUGCAAUCGUCCGAUGCGAAAAAGUCAGCGAAACAAGCCGAAGAAUUCGCGCCGGACGAUACCUCCAGGGAAAAGCGAUCGGAGGUCGUGAUAAUGGCGUCGGACGGCAUUAGCCGCGGCACUAAAUCCUUCAAGGAAUCUAAGGACUCGCCGAAUCUUCUGGUCGAUGAAAAUUCCGCCAAGGAUUCCAGCCUGCCGCGAAACGUCGUGCUGCUGCUGAUCGACGAGACUAGCCAGGACAAGGACGCGAUGUGGAAUUCCUUCAGAACGAAGCACGACUUCGCCGUCCAAGGAUUGCUGCAGAGCUGCCGCAACAACGAGAUCAACCCGCUGAAAUUCAAUCGCGGAAACGACGCGACGGCCCUCGGCAACAAGGACUGCGAGUGCGAGCAUUUCCUGCGCGCCAACAUCGGGGCUCUUCUCUCCUGGGCUCGCCACGCCAAGGUGAUGACCACCGGAGCGGUAUCCGCCACCAAUUUCUCCAUCCCCGCGGCAAUCGGCUACGAUGGACCGGUGAGCAUCAACGAAGCUGAGGACAACGGCGUGAAGCGUGAAAUCCGCCGCCCCAAACCCGAGUUCCACGACGCCUGGCGCCUGAUCGACUUGGACAGACAACCCGGAGCUUCCAAAAUGGAAGGAGCGACGAGCUACGACGGCAUGUGGGACGUAUUUGACAUGUUCUCGAGGAUCCGCAUGGCCUUCUUCAGGACCCUGCUGGACUCGCUUGACGGUAACCGCGGAGCCCAAGACGACGAAUUCGCCCCUCGCCGACCGUCUCCUCCGCAGUCAAACCUCGUCGACCUGGUCAGCGACACCGUCAAGGAACUGAAGUCCGCCUCCAACGAGAAGGGAUACAUGCUGGUUGCCGCCGCCCCUGGAAACGAUCUCUCCUCCACCGUCGAUCUGCUGAACCGCGAGAUAUCGCCGAAGGACACGCUGCUGGUCGUCGCCGGUAUCUGUUCCGCUGACAAGAAGCCGGUACCGUUCUACGCCAGCGGACCUGGAGCGAAGUCCCUGCUCGAGGCCCGUUCGGUCUGGGAUCUUCCGGUCGCCAUCAAGACCGCGGUGACCGGAGGCUGCCGGGGCGCCGGAUGCAGAGUUCGACGACACGAGCAGACUCUGCCCGUCCUCUCCCGCGCCGCCGCUCCUCUGAUUCCGGCCGGCGAGGAUAGCGUCCCGAAUCUCCGCAGGGUCGAGCGACAGGACGAGGCGGCUGCCGCGGGUUCGGGAAUUUCCGCCGACGCCGUCACCCUGAUGCUAAGCCUCGCGACUUCCGUCGUCGCGACGCUCGCUGUCAAAUUUUAGGAUUUCGAGCCCGCCGGACCCCCACCACGACCCUCCCCCGACUUUCUCCAACGGCGUCCGACCCCCAAACUCGCAUCGCUCCAUAGACCGGCUCAUCGGAGGUUCACCCUUGAAAUUCCUGUUGCGAAAAUCCUGCACCUUAUCCUUUUUUCUGGCCGAGAUCAGACUCCCCGGACAUCGAUCUCCAGGAGAGCGGACGGGAUUUCGAAGGAUUCCGUCCUCGAGGAUCGUCGAAUUUCCACCGGGAGCAAUUUUACCGGCACGUUCAUCGUUUCGUUGACUCGAGAGGACAUGGUUCAAUUUUUCGUCCUCGAACAAAACCAAUCAUACUUAUCCAAUGUAAUGAGAUAAUCAAAUUUUGUCUACGUUCUUGUGUGUCGUUUAAAAGCGUCGAAUAAAUGUUUGCGUUCGAUUUUUGUUCGCUUUGAUUUCAAACUUUCGACGAAUCGUAGCCGUCGUAAUUCCCCGUCGAUUCCUCGUCGUCGGCCGGAAUUUCACGAGUGGAUCAUGUACGGGUGGAUAGAAUUGCGGCGGAUUUUAAUUAACUGGAAAAUUAGAAAGCGUAAAUGCGAUCGCGACGCACGGGUCAUCCAGCUCACGUCUGAUGUUAAUACAUUAAUAAAUUCCCAAUUAAACUAAUUACUCCGAUACAUGAACUGCCGA